AUGUCGGACGAGAAGCUGUUCUUAAAUUCCUAUUUCCUUUCACUUCCUAAAGAAAUUAUAGUUCAAAUCAUUAAAUUAAAUCCUAAUGGGUUAAUCAGAUUUUUAUUACACUCAAAAACUCUUAAACCAAUUAUUUAUGAUGAACUUUUGAAAGAUAUAAUAAUAUACACUGAGAAUUCUGGAGUAACUAUCGGUACUACAUUCAAAAGAAAAUCUCAAUCAUUUCAUAAAACCAAUCUAGAUUAUACUAUAAAAUGUCUUCCUGGAGGUUUCAUCCCAGCAAGUAUUCAUUUUAUAGGAAAUGUCAAUGCAGUCAUUAAUUAUUGUGAAGACUUAAAGAUAUUAAAUGAAGUUAAGGAUGUAAGGUUUUCAAUUAGUUUAGAGUUGGGUUCUUUAAGCGAUACUAAGAUUCUUCUUGAUUUGCUAAGGUUUUCUAACUUAACGUUUGUUGAGGUAUAUCUCCACAAUAACUCAGAAUUUAUUGUUUCAAGUUUUAAUAACGCAAGAGGUGAUACUUUAAACCGUAUAAGAUCGUUCGCUAAAAAAUUAGAAUCACAUGGUAGUUGGAAACAAGUUGUUCAAGAACUUCCCAGUAUAACUGAUAACAUACAGAGUAGAGGUGUUCCCACUACUGAUUGCUUUGUUUAUUUGCAAAAUUUAAAAUUAAUUCAUAUUCAUGAUACAUAUAUUCCCUCGUUAGACUGUCUUCCUUCAGCUUUAGAAACCAUUCAGAUUAGUGGAGCUAAAUUCAAAAUAUCGCAAAGAUUUAAGUGGCCAUCAAAGUUGAAGAACAUAUACAUUAAUAAGGCCCUGAUGGAUGAUAAAACUCUAAGACAAUUAUCAAACUGGCCACAGAGUUUAAAACUUUUGAGUAUGACAAAUAAUAAAUUCUACAAAUUUAGUAGUAUAGGAAAUUUACCUGACAGUCUACAAUAUUUAUAUAUUUCUGAUCUUGAUACAAACAGAGAUUUUGGGUUCAGUACUAAGCCAUCGAUUCGGUUUGAUGCUGAAAACUUUAAUUCUAUCUCAAGUUAUUCAUUUCCUGAGUCUUUAGCGGCACUAGAGAUAUCUGGAAUUAACUUUUAUGAUCAAUCUAGUUGUGUUAUUAGAUUUCCUCAAUAUCUAAGGAGGUUAAAAAUAACGAGAAGUUUGAAAUCUUUGAGUAAUUUGAUAUUUCCAAAGUCCCUAACUUUGUUGGAAUUAAAUGAUAAUAAGAUAGAUGACUUAACAAGCUAUAAUGAUAUAUUGUUAAACAAGAAUUGGAGUUCUCUAGUUAAUUUAAAUGAACUAACUUUGGGUAGAAAUAUAUUAGAUUCAAAAUCAUUAUGCAAUUGGCUAUUCCCAAGCAAUUUAAACCGUUUAGAUUUGAGUUCAAACAAAAUCGAAACUUUGAAUAUUCCUGUUUUUACAGUAAAGAUGAAUCAAUAUACCUCCAAGUUAAAAGUCAUCAAUCUUUCUUCUUGUAAGAUUAAGGAAAUCCCGCCUAAUUUAUAUUUACCAAAGAAUUUAUAUUCAUUGUAUUUAACUGACAAUCCAUUGAAAAAGAUUCCUAUGCAAAUAAGCACUUCAUAUAAGAAGAACUUAUCUAGAAUUAUUAUUGGAGACAGAAUAGUAGAAAUUUGGAGAUAA